GCGGCGCCGCUCCUGGAGCGGAGCCUGUCCCGCUGAGCCGUGCCGGGAGACCUGCGGGCGGCAGCGGCCUGGGAAGGAGUCGGAAAGCGGCUCCACGACCUCUGUGUCCGCACCAGGCCAGCGGGAAGAGCCGGAACCGAAGCUUCCCGGAACCUGCGUGGCUGGCCCGCGCUUCCUGUGGCGACCGGUCCUCGCCUGGGUUCCGGUUCCGGGUGGCGGCCGCGUCCUGAGCAGGGUCGCGGAACGGGCAGGUAUGGGACAUGGAAGUGAACACGGCCAUGGCCAUGGCCAUGACAAAGUGGAACUCCCUGACUACAGGCAGUGGAAGGUGGAGGGGACUCCCCUUGAGGAGGUGCAGAGAAGGCUGGCUAAACGAGGUCUGAGGGAUCCAUGGGCUCGUAAUGAAGCCUGGAGAUACCACGGCAGCUUUGCAAGACCUAUCACCAUAACAGAAAUCUUUACCAGGGGACUCAAGUGGGGAGCUGCAGCUUUCAUCAUAGCUCUGGGCAUUGAAUACUCACUGUUUCCUCCAAAGAAGAAUGGAGGCCACCACUGAAGAUCAAAUGUGACAACAUAAUACUAAUCAUAAGCUGAAGCAUACAUAAGCCUGUUGCUCAUUCUGUACUUAUAACCUGCAUAUUAAAGUCUACCACAGGCAGA